GAUAACCCUGUAACUUCUAAUAGAUUGAUGGGUGUUUAUUAUUUUUUUUCCUCUCACAGGUCCUAAAAAGAACACCUUAAUAGAUUUCUGGAGAAUGAUUUGGCAGGAGAAUAUACAAAAUGUAGUUAUGUUGACGAACCUUAUAGAAAACGGCAAGAACAAGUGCAUACAGUACUGGCCAAAUAAAGAACAACCCAUGGCUAUUGGACCAUGUAAAAUAGAUCUUUUAAAUGAAAAAGUUUAUGCAUUCUGGACAAUUCGGAAAUUGUCAGUUCAAAGAAAAAAUCCCCCUAGCAAGAGAAUCAUCACACAGUUCCACUACACCGCCUGGCCAGAUCACGAUACACCAAAUGAGGUAGAACUUGUCCAGUUCCAUAGAUUUGUAUCAAAGAAAAUGAACGGUAACACACCAACUGUUGUUCACUGCAGAUAA